UAGUUUUUACUAUUUGAGGCAGUUCCAAUUUUGGCAAACACUUACAUUGACCAAAUUUCUGAGGCGGAUGCAAGUUGUCCUAGGAUGUGCAGAAAGAAAUUUAAGAGUACCGGUCAGAAAGGUUUUCCUCUAAAGAAUAUAGGUGAUACACUUGGUACAACAAAGGCAAUUGCUAGUGUGAUCCCUCAUAUUGAUGAAGAAAUUCCUCUUCUCGAUUUAAUCAUGGAAGAAGCUGAGGAAGACGAUACCCAUGAUGUCGUAGUUGCCAGUUGGAUGUGGCGCCUUCGUAGAGGACUACCUGUACUUUUGGAGGAGAUGUACACAGCCGAUGUGGCUACUCGUUCAGGACAAAAUGAUGCGAAUGAGGAAAUAGACGCCAAUGAACAACCGAGAGAAGAUACUAUUGAGUUGGUGGAUCUUCUAAGGACCAUGAAGCAGGAUAUGAAAACUCAGUUCGAUAACAUUUCGGUGAAGAUUGAUGGUCUUGAAAAAAGGAUCGAACCGUUGGAAGUAUAUGUGAAAGAGCAAGAGAAAUCAAAGGUAAUACUUCGUAAUACUAUAGUAAUACUUGGUAAUACUUCGAAAUCAAAGGUGUUAACAAAAUUUGGUUUCAUGUCAGUCGCAUGUAGAUGAUGAGCAACCGAGUACUUCACAAGAAGGAGGGAGAGGGACGAAGAGAAAAAGGUCUAAGAAGUAGUAAAACUAUGUUAUUUUCUA